AUGAAAAUUUUAUUUAUAUUAUUUUUGAUAGUCGUGGUAAUUAUAGCUACAAUUCAACAAAUUAGUGCUUUACCAGCACCUCAAGGACCUAGUGUAACUCCUGUUCCCACAAAGAGUAAAGCUGCUGAUGCUAAAACAACCCCUGCACCUAAAGUCGUACAACCUAAAGUCGAUCCACCUAAAGCCAAUCCACCUAAAGCCGAUAAACCUAAUGUCGAACCACCUAAAACAGAUCAACCUAAAACAGAUCAACCUAAAGCCGAUCAACCUAAAGCCGAUCAACCUAAUACUACAACUACUGAUGCUAAAAAAGCACCUGAAGCCACUCCUAGUAAUGGUGCUACUGCCACCACGCCUUUACAACCGCUUCCGACUACAAAUCCUGCUGACGAUCAGUUGAUAGCAAAUAGUAUGUUUACUAUUAAUUAUAAUUGUGACUUGGCUGAUAAAGUUGUGUGUGGUAAAGUUGAAAGAUCGAUUAAAAAGGCUGGAGGAAUUCUAACAAAGAAUUUGGCUCUUGUAAGCAAAAUCAAUGUGGCUGCAUCCUUUAAAAGUAUUUGCAAAGGAUGCGAUCAAUAUGGCAAAGGCACUGUUGCAAGUACCGUCGAAUUGGUGGAUGACGAUGGUAUGAAAAGAUUGUACCCAUCAGCUGUGAUCAAACAAUUUAAUUGUGCAAAAGCUCCUGCUGGUGGUGAUGACAUUUUAUUGGACAUCAACAGUGGCCUUGGUGCUGAUAAAUUUCAUUUUGACGAUGAUGCAAAAACUAUUGAAGCAGGUCAACAAGAUCUUACAGCCUUAGCGUUACGUGAACUCGCUCAUGGUUUAGGUUUGCGUACAAGCUGGAACAUCCAACCUGAACUUGCAAAGACAAAAACAUUGACACCAAAAUUACUAUUAAAGAAUGCGGGAAAGGGUGUUGAAUUCUUGGGAUUUGAAGAAAACGCAUAUGACAAAAAUUUUUAUGUGCAAGGUGAAGGCAAAUUUUUAAAAGAUUAUGUAAAGGAACUUAAUAAAUUUUCUGGGGGUCCCGGAGCAAAAUUUGCAAAUCAAGGCGAAUUUGUUGCAAAAUUUGUUGCAUCAGACCAAGGAAACAUGGCUCAAACUUUAGCAAAACUCGCUACAACACCGAAUUCGAUUAGCUUUUUACCAAAAGAUGCUCAAAAAACUGACGCAAUUAUUUUGGAUACACAAUCAAACCCUUUUAACCCAGGAUUCAGUUUGGAUUUCUUUGAUAAAGCAACUUAUGCAAAAACAUCAGACUUUCUCAUGACGGAGGUAUUGGGUUCUACACUUGAUCAAUUAACCGUUGAUGGUAAAGCUGUUGGCCCAAAAUUAAGAGCAUUAUUAUCUACUAUGGGUGGUAAUCAAGAAUCAAUUCAAACUACAUCAACUGUAGUUAAACAAGUUACAAAAACAAUUCCAGUUGUAAUAACUCGAACUACAACAAAUGAUAAUAAUGUCGAAGAAGUGUCAACCGAGACAUCAACUAAAGAAGAUGUUCAAAUUGUUACAGCAGUUGAAGUGGUAACUGUACCUAAAACAGAAUCUAAAGAUGUAAAUAAUCCAAAUAAUCAAGAUGAAGAUGAAUUUGGCUCUGGUUCAAAUAUUUCACUAAAUAAGGGUUUUAUGAUCAUUUUUACCAUAAUAUCUUUAGCUAUGGGAAAUUACAUUAUUUUCAUAUAA